AUGGUAGUCACACUUGCACCAGAGCAACCAUUUCUCAAGAUCAUUCGAAGCUGGAGAAGCAAUAAAGCCGUUGGUUGGGAUUCUAUCACAAUUGCAGAAGCGAUAAAGCCAUUGGUUGAGGCGGACCCCUCCUUAAAGGUAAAGUCAGUUAUAGCAAAAGUGCAAUCGAAUUUCAACUACACCGAGCCAUCAGCUGUUGUCCAUUUUGAGACUAUGCCUGCAUAUCAAGGCGAUGACUUGGUGGGUGAUAUUCGAGUACUGCAUCGAGUAUUUUGGAGUUAUUACCCCUAUAUUAGGGCAUUCAGACAUUGUAAGCCAGUAGUCCAGGUGGAUGGGACUCACUUGUACGGAAAGUAUAAGGGUUGUCUGCUAGUGACAAUUUCACAAGAUGGCAACAACAAUAUCGUCCCAAUUGCGUUUGCUAUUGUGGAGGGAGAGACUUCUGAUGCAUGA